ACUAAUCAAAUCCCUAAUCCCCUUGAAAUUAUCAUUAAAUCACUAUCUCUCUCCUUCACCAAAGAAACCUCAUCCCCUUUCCACCGAAAAAAAAGAACCUCAUCCCCUAAAACCCUUCAUGGUUCCCUUCCCAAGAAAGCACCAAGACCCAACAAAGAUCCUCAAGAAUCAAUCGAAACCUUAAACUACUCAAAAUUCUUGACAAGAACCAUUCACUCCAUCCAUAAAGGCAACCUCAAAAGAGUGUGUGUUCUUUCUCUCAAUCCCAAGUUUGGCCAAAGGAAAAUGUUAAAAGUGGCCAUUUCAGCCUUCUUAGCAAUACUUGCCACCAGCCUCAUCUCCUUCCCUUCCCUCCCCAAGAAACCAUCCUUCUACCACUCCCUCUUCCUCUCCGACCGCGUCUCCGACAACUCCUCGGCCGCCCGCCACCUCCAAAUCCUCACCUGCCGCCCCCACGUGGCAGGCACGCCUGCCAACGCGGAGGCAGCCUCCUACGUUCUCUCCACCCUCACCGCCUCCACCGUUAAGUCCCAUGUCACCUCCUACGACGUCCUCCUCACAUACCCGAUCUCCCGGUCACUCAUCCUCACCUGCCCACCACCCGCAGACCCGCCCGAGACGAUCUUCCCACUCCACCAGGAUAUUUAUGAAAACGACCCCUAUGCCGAUGUCGCAGACCAGGUGCUCCCUACCUUCCACGGAUACGCUAAGUCCGGGACCGUUGCAGGGCCUGUGGUGUAUGCAAACUAUGGGCGCGUCGAGGACUUUGAGAUGCUCAAAUCAAAGGGCAUUGACGUGAAGGGCAAUAUUGUGAUUGCCCGGUAUGGGAAGAUAUACCGGGGGGAUAUCGUGAGGAAUGCGUACCAGGCUGGAGCCAUCGGGGUGGUGAUAUUCACGGACAGGAAGGACUAUGGAGGUGGUGGGCACCGGGCCAAGUGGUUCCCUGAGGAUAAGUGGAUGCCGCCGAGCGGAGUCCAGGUCGGGACGGUAUAUGCCGGGGCAGGCGACCCGACCACUCCAGGGUGGGCCAGCACUGAAGGGUGUGAGAGGCUGAGUGAGGAGGAGGUGGAGAGGGGAGGGGACGUCCCUCUGAUCCCUUCACUGCCUGUUUCCUGGGCUGAUGGAGAGACCAUUAUGAAGUCUCUUGGUGGUGACGUGGCAGAUGAUGAUUGGCAAGGAAUUGAUGAUGGGCCCCUCUAUAGGGUUGGUCCAGGGCCCAGUGUUUUGAAUCUUACUUACCAUGGAGAGCAGAAGAUCGCAACUAUCGAAAAUGUUAUUGGGGUGAUAGAAGGAGCAGAAGAACCCGACCGGUAUAUCCUGCUUGGAAAUCAUCGGGAUGCUUGGACAUUUGGGGCGGUUGAUCCCGGCAGCGGCACUGCAGCUUUGCUAGAGGUUGCUGAGAGGUUCGGGAAGCUACAGAAGAAGGGGUGGAAGCCCCGACGAACUAUCAUCUUCUGCAAUUGGGAUGCCGAGGAGUAUGGCCUGGUAGGAUCAACGGAAUGGGUGGAAGACAACAGGGAGAUGUUAGCUUUGAGAGCCAUAGCUUACCUAAAUGUCGACUCUGCGGUGUCUGGUGCGGGAUUCCAUGCAGCUUCAACUCCUCAGCUUGAUCAGCUACUGAUAGAAGCUGCUCAGCAGGUCCAAGAUCCAGAUAAUUCGUCACAGUCCAUCUAUGACUCCUGGGUUGGUGCCAGCAGUUCUCCAUUGGUGGAAAGGUUAGGAGGCGGGGGAUCAGAUUAUGCUGCAUUUGUUCAACAUGUCGGUGUCCCUGCAGCUAACAUUUUUAUGGGAACAGGAUAUCCCGUGUAUCAUUCAAUGUACGAUGAUUUUGUCUGGAUGGAGAAAUUUGGGGACCCGAUGUUCCGCAGACAUGUUGCAGUGGCAAGCAUCUGGGGGCUCAUGGCUCUCCGUCUAGCGGACGAAGAAUUCUUGCCUUUUGAUUACCUAAGCUAUGCAUCAGAGCUUCAGAAAAGUGCAAAAGAGUUACAAGCACAGGUCUCAAGCAAGGAGGUGGACCUCGUUGCCUUGUUCAAGUCCAUUCGGGACCUCCAAAAAGCUGCCGAAAAUAUUAAUAUCGAGAGGAAGGUGAUCGGAGAGAGCAGAGGAUGGCUGUUAAGGGCAAAGGAGUACAACAUGAAAGUAAGGGAGCUCAAUGACCGGUUAAUGAUGGCAGAGCGAGCUUUCACAGACCGAGACGGCCUUUCCAGUAGGUCUUGGUACAAACACCUGAUUUACGGCCCUUCAAGACAUGACGACUAUGGAUCAAAAUCCUUCCCGGGAGUAGAUGAUGCGAUUGAGGAGGCGAAGAAAUUGAACACAGCUGAAUCGUGGCGUUCAGUGCAGCACGAAGUUUGGAGGGUCUCAAGAGUUAUCAGACAUGCCUCCUUAGUUCUUUGUGGUCAACUCACCUGAUUUGUUACUCGAAAAAUCGAUGAACAUUCCUUCGCACUGCAAGACCUACAUGAAGUGCAAAUUGGGUCCUCAUCAUGGUAGUCUUCCGGGCAACGUAUUAUGGACCAUGGGGUACGAAAAUUCAGAUAUCGAAAGCUUCAUUUUACAGAUGAAGCAGGAGAUGUAAUUAAACUUUUGCUACAGAAAGGGGAAUAAUUUACAAUCCUAAAGAACUAGCUAUGCAACUGUCAUGGUUUUUACCGAGUCAAUAGAAUGACAAAAAUAUAGUGUAAAA